GGGCGGGGCACGCCAGUCCGGAAAAAACGUACUGCCGCGCUGCGCAUGUCUUUUCCUUUUCUACUCCGGGCCCGUACACAGCAGUUGUUGCGAUGUUGAUGCCCAAGAAGAACCGUAUUGCCAUUUAUGAACUCCUUUUUAAGGAGGGAGUGAUGGUGGCAAAGAAGGAUGUGCACAUGCCUAAACACCCCGAGCUGGCAGACAAGAACGUGCCUAAUCUUCACGUCAUGAAGGCCAUGCAGUCUCUCAAAUCACGAGGGUACGUGAAGGAACAGUUUGCCUGGAGACAUUUCUACUGGUACCUUACCAACGAGGGCAUCCAGUAUCUCCGCGAUUACCUCCACCUGCCCCCUGAGAUCGUGCCUGCCACUUUGCGCCGUAGCCGGCCUGAGACUGGCAGGCCAAGGCCCAAAGGUCUGGAGGGCGAGCGACCUGCAAGACUCACACGAGGGGAAGCUGACAGAGACACUUACAGACGGAGUGCUGUACCCCCUGGUGCUGACAAGAAAGCUGAGGCUGGAGCUGGGUCAGCAACUGAAUUCCAGUUUAGAGGCGGAUUUGGUCGUGGACGUGGUCAACCACCUCAGUAAAGUUGGAGGGGUUAUUUUGUGCUGAAUAAACUUGUCAGAAAAUAA